AUUAUGUAUCGACGUAACUUGCUGGACGGGAAUUCCCAGCACCUUGGUUCAGCUUACGGGCCUACACUAUCCUGCUGUCUCCAGCUCACGCGUCUUUGCACCCACAGAAGCCAAUCACUCACUCGCAGCCAGCCAGCCACGGGCAUUCUUACCCUAUCUCUACAAUGAAGACUCACGUCAGCUUUCUGCUAGCUCUCAGCCAACUCGCGGCAGCCGGCCACACCCUCAGCGCUAGGGUCGAUUCCGAGUUCGACUGCUACGCCCUCGACGCCGGCCAGGGCGAUGAGCACACGCUGGAUUUCAACACCCCCCUCGCGUGUAAUGAAGACUGCAGGGCGGUGAAUCGCACCAUCUUCGCGGUCCGGAAGUCAAACUGCCUGUGCCUUGACAGCAUGCCGUCUGACGACAAGAAAGUGGAUGCGUCCAAGUGCGACGAGCCGUGCCCCGGUUAUAUGCUCAAUGCCUGCGGCGGAGGCAUUGAAUACUACACUGGCGGAGGCCUUGGAUACUACACCGUAGGCGCGUAUGGAGAAGCAAACUACACCGGCUCCCUCGCCAAUCCGAACGACACCUCAUCUGCUGAUGCAGAUUCCUCUACGAGUCAGACGGUUCUUCCUAGCGCUUCAGGUGUGCCUUCUAGCAGCACGAGCUCUGGAUCAAGCUCUGUCGCGACCCCGUCGGGCUCGGCUUCAGGUAGCUCUGCUUCACCAUCCUCAACUGUCGAGAGCACCAAUGCGGCGGCACCCAUCUUCGACGCCAGUCUCACCGUUGUCUCGUCACUUGUCGGCGCUGUGGCUCUGCUCGGUACUUUGAUCUAGAGAGGCGUGCACUGCGGUCUGCUUUCCAACAGCACGGCUCGCGGGGGAGUUUCGACUUUCGUUGGAUGUUCAAGAUCAGGUUCCUAGGAUAUCUCAGCUAUGACCGCAUAGAUACAUAGGUACCCGUGGUGGUGCCCUUUGUAAAAUGUCCAUGGGUCGCUGGUUGAUACUGUGUAAGCAUAUGAAUGAUAGGAGCAAUUGUUCCAGGAAAUAAUCAGUCGGGGGCCAUUCAUCCAUCACAUCAGCAGCCGGGGUCUGCAGCCAUAUGAGUGACCGAUCUGAAGUCAGACGAAAUUUGUAGUCUGUCUCCCGAGGCCGAUACAUGUAAGAGCUAGUACGGGCAUUCUCUGGAGGGCAGAUGCAAAGGAUAGAACCAUUAUCUCAUCAAUCUGUAUACUUCUCGCAGUUGAUGAUGUCUAAGUUGUACCUUCUACGGAUGAGUAAUUAGCCUUAAUUGGUGGGCUUUCCACCGCUUGGUCUCACAUUUUCAAAGG